CGCCUUGAGCCGGGUGGCGCAGGCGCAGUGUCCCCGGGCCAAGAUGGCGGCGCGGCGCUCCACACGCUGGUUGCUGGUAGCUGUGGGGAUCCCGCGGCUGCCGGCUGCAGCGGGGAGAGGGGCCCGGCCGCCCAUGGGGGGCGUGGUGGGGGCGUCGCUGGGCCGCAAUUUGAGCGUCACCGCCUUCCCGCCUUCCCUGGGAGGUCGCGGUCCUGGGGCGCUGCUGACAUUGAGACCCGGUGUCAGCUUCACAGGAGUAAAACGGUACCCUUUUGUUUGUACUGCCUCCUUCCACACGAGCACCCAUUUGGCUAAAGAAGAUUAUUACCAGAUACUAGGAGUGCCCCGGAACGCCAGCCAGAAGGAGAUCAAGAAAGCCUAUUACCAGCUUGCCAAGAAAUAUCACCCAGACACGAAUAAGGAUGAUCCCAAAGCCAAGGAGAAGUUCUCCCAGCUGGCAGAGGCCUAUGAGGUCCUGAGCGAUGAAGUGAAGAGGAAGCAGUAUGACACCUACGGCUCUGCUGGCUUCGAUCCCGGGGCCGGCAGCUCAGGGCAGAGCUACUGGAAAGGCGGUCCCACGGUUGACCCAGAGGAGCUCUUCAGGAAGAUCUUUGGGGAGUUCUCAUCCUCCUCUUUUGGCGAUUUUCAGAGUGUGUUCAAUCAGCCUCAGGAGUACAUCAUGGACUUGACGUUCAAUCAAGCUGCCAAGGGCGUCAACAAGGAGUUCACCGUGAACAUCACUGACACCUGUGAGCGGUGUGAUGGCAAAGGGAACGAGCCCGGCACCAGAGUUCAGCACUGCCACUACUGCGGAGGCUCCGGCAUGGAAACCAUAAACACAGGCCCUUUUGUGAUGCGCUCCACGUGUCGGAGGUGUGGUGGCCGGGGCUCCAUCAUCACGUCUCCCUGUGUGGUGUGCAGAGGAGCAGGACAGGCUAAGCAGAAGAAGAAGGUGGUGAUCCCCGUGCCUGCCGGAGUCGAGGAUGGCCAGACUGUGAGGAUGCCUGUAGGAAAACGAGAAAUUUUCAUCACAUUCAGGGUGCAGAAAAGCCCUGUGUUCCGGAGGGACGGCGCAGACAUCCACUCGGACCUCUUUAUCUCCAUAGCUCAGGCCAUCCUCGGGGGCACCGCCAGAACGCAGGGCCUGUACGAGACCAUCAACGUGACGAUCCCCCCUGGGACUCAGUCAGAUCAGAAGAUUCGGAUGAGUGGGAAGGGCAUCCCGCGGAUUAACAGCUAUGGCUAUGGAGACCACUACAUUCACAUCAAGAUCAGAGUUCCAAAGAGACUGACAAGCCGGCAGCAGAGCCUGAUCCUGAGCUACGCCGAGGACGAGACCGACGUGGAGGGGACAGUGAACGGCGUCACCAACACAAGCACUGGUGGCAGCACCAUGGAUAGCUCCGCGGGAGGCAAGGCUAGGCCUGAGGCUGGGGAGGACAAGGAGGGAUUCCUUUCCAAACUUAAGAGAAUGUUUACCUCCUGAUAUCCCAGCCGAGGAAAACGGUCCACCGGGAACUAGGCAGGGAGCAGCAGCAUCUCCUCGUGGCCAGGGCACCUUGGACGCAGGAGGAUUCCCCACGGCAGCACUGAGCCCCUGCCUGCAGAGGCCUCCGGACCACCUUGGCAACAGUGAACUCACGUGACCACGCAGCUCUUCACGGAAGGUCACUGCGGACGGGACAGACCCUGGGCAGUCAGGCAUGGCCGGCCUCAGGGCUGGUAGUUUCCUGUCUGUGGGUAGGUAACUUCGCCUCUUCAGGCUCUGGCAAAGUCAGACGGCUGGACACUUCCUGCAGAGCUGAAACUCUUAAUUUGGAACUGAAUGUGGUUAAAGAAUUAAAGGCCAUGCUUACAGCUUGAAAAUGAAGCCUUAAGCUGCACCGAGUUGUGACGUGAUUGAUUUCCCUCUCAACAAACCUCCGGGACGUUCCAGAAUGAGUCUUUCCUGACAGGUUGUCCUUUCCGGGAACCUGGGGCACACACCCUGCUGGUGUCACCCACCCUUCAGCUGGAGUUGGUUUUAAUUCCCAAAGGUACUGAGCAGCUGGGACCUGGGGGCCUGGGGGGCCUGGGGUGACGCCUAGAGGACAGUCCCUGCAGAGGCCACUCUUGAUCACAUGGGCUGUGAUCUCCGUCAGGACGGACAGGGUGGCCCUGUCCCUCGACAGUUGAGUUGUGUUGUUCUAAGGCACGCAUGAGUGGGGCUCCUGCCCUUCUGCUGGACCACAGCCGGCGUGGCCUGGGGCUGACUGAGGGCCUCUCAACCCCAGCCCUGCCCCGCUGCUAUCAGGGCCUUGGGUCUCACCACUCACUACUGACUUGUUUUCAGACGUGUGUUUAAAUUAUUCAGUGCUGAGAAUCAUUGUCUUUUCCCAUACGAGUGUUUGUUCAGAGGAGAGCGCAAUCUCAGCAAUCGAAGGUUCUCCAGCAUCCAGCCAGACCAAGCACCAUUUCCCAGCCUUGGCUCCUGGGACGUGCAGGUUCCCCUGUGUUUCCAGAUCCCCCCGCUGUGGCAAGACAGGCUAAUGGAGAACCCUUCUGAUUAGUGUCCUUUCUGUUUUCCCCCCCAUAAUUUACUAAAAUAAAGCAUCUGCUAGUGUCUGCUCUAAGAAUGUAAAGUGAUUCUGUAUCAAUGUAAAUAAGAUUAUCUACUGCAAAGAGAUAUUUAAAACCUGAA